AUGUCUUCUCCCGCAGCUCUGAGUGUCGACGACCACCCAGAUCUUGAUCUCGUUCAAGCUCCCGACUCCGAUCUAUCACAGUUCCGAUCACCCUCGGCGUUGUCCAGGAUGUACACUCUGGAAGACGAACUCACCGCCAUACAAGACGGCACCUUCCUCAGCGAUGACAGCGGCAUCGGCGAUCUUGAUCAUGAUUGUCAGCCCGAGCCCGAGUACGAGUAUGAGAACAACAGCCUUCCUUCUCCGACCCCGACCGAUCUCAACCACUUGCCCCAGACGCCCUUCAUCGCCGCCAACCUCGCCGACUUGACCAUCUGGCACGAAACACUUACCUCCCUGACCAUUGCUGAGCACAGCGACGCCACGCACGAGUUCCUCUCCGCUCACACCACAAUGUUGUACCGCUUCGUCGUACACUCUGUACUACCGCACGUCGCGGCACUAGAAAAGUACAGUGACGCGGCGAUGAGGGAUAAUGAGAGACUCGUUGAGCGUCUUGCGGAAAUGAGAGGUCUUGUCGAGGAACUAGGUGAGGUUUACUCCAGAGAGGUUCGGCGGUCAAGGGCAAAGACUGAGGUGCUUAGUGAGGUUGUCGAUAUGGUUGGGUGUCUUUUGCUAGAUGAGGCGGAGGAGGCAGGGUUGGAUCGCAUCGAACGAUCGUGA